GGUCACGGGGGGCUGGCCCGCAGCCAGGCUGGGCUGCCAUGCUGCUCUGGCAGUGCCUGCCCGGGAGCCCAUCACAUCCUCGGGCACUCACAGGAUUUCUGCAGCUCUGGGCGGCUCCUCUGGCUGCUCUGCUCUGCUCUAGGAGCCCGUCCUCGGAGCUGCUGCAGCCUCCCGACAUAAACCCCGCUUUGUUGGGCCGAGAUGACCCGGCUGAGCCGCAUGAUCCGUCAGGUGACAGCUGGGCACCAGAGCGAGGAGAAUGAGCGGCGGGGCGAGGGCGCCGGCUGCUUUCCUGCCUCUGCACAGGCUCUGCUGCUCCUCGGGGGAAAAUGAGCGCCUGGCUCUGUCCUGUGCUGUGCAGCUUCACCGCGGUGUGUUUAGCAGGUAUUGCUUUUGGCCAGACAACCAGCACUGAGGUCCCAGUUACAUCAACCCCAGCACCUGCCAGUGCAACCAGCACUGAGGUUCCCAUUGCAUCCACCCCAGCACCUCCCAGUGCAACCACUGCUACGGCCUCUUCUCCCCCAACUGCUCCUGCAACACUCUCAGCUGGACUGACACCAACCACUGCAAACCCUGCUGCAUCCACAGCAGCUCCAUCUGCUGAUCCAAGCACAAAAACCCCUGCCCAGACUCUGCCCCCCACCACGGGGACCGUCCCCACCUCUGGCAGCAGGGCCACCUCUCAGGCAUCUUCAGCAGUGACGGCCACAUCCAGCAGUGCCCCAGUGUCCCCUCCAGGAGUGACCACAUCCCCUGGGCUCCCCAGCACCCCCCAGCCCUCCAACUGCAGCAGAGUGAAUGUGACAGCCUGUGCCCCCUGCCCCCCAGGGACUGUCCCCACCCAAGGCACCUUGAGCUGUUCGUGCUGCGCGGGGGGCUCGUGCAUUGGCCCCAGUGCCUGCAGCCCCUGCCCACCUGGCCACUACCAGCCCCAAAGUGGGCAACCAUCCUGCCUGCCCUGCUCACAGGGGUAUUACACCAGCUUCCCAGGGAGCACUGUGUGUCUUCCCUGCCCACCAGGACAUUUUGCUAAUGAGUCUGGGGCUGCAGCCUGCAGAGCCUGUGAGCGAGGCUAUUUUAGCUCCAAGCAAAAUGCAGCUUUUUGUCUGCCUUGCCAGCCAGGAUCAUUUUGCAACACCAGCAGCUGCUCGGCCUGUCAGUCCUGCCCCGGCGGGCAGGAGGCUCCUCGGGAGGCGUCGGAGGGCUGCGAGUCCUGCCCGCCAGGUACAUUCAAAGGCCCCAGUGACAACAGAUGCAAGGCCUGCAGGACAGGAGAGUACCAGCUACAGCGGGGCAAGGAGAGCUGUGAGCUGUGCCCAGAAAACCACUACUGCCCUAGCCCAGAUGUGAAGCCAGUGAAGUGCCCUCCUGAUGCCUUCUGCCCCAGGGGCAGCGUGGAGCCCUCCUACUGCAUGGAGCUCUUCCUGUACAAGGCAGGGGAGUCCUGCCAGCUGACCCCUGCCACCGUCAUUGUCCUGGCCACCUUCUCAGCAGGUGGAAUCUUUGUUGUCUUUCUAAUAAUUCUGAGAAGGCGACAAGAACAUGGCACGAAAUCCUUGAAGUCGCUGUUGCUGCCCCGGGGCUCGGGACACGCCACCUACGGGGGCACGGAGCACACAGAGCCAGUCUAUGCUGGCUGGUAGCACAGGCCAUGGCCAGCAGCCUCUCUUCCCCUGGGGCAACACAGAUGUGGCUCUGGGCAAGGUCUUUAACCAUGAGCAACUUAUUUCUGUAUAGCUAAAAUCAGGUGGGGAAUAAAAUCCAGUUUUUGAGUUGUGGCUACUUGUGCAAACCAACCCAGCUCCUUGCUCUGCUGCACUGGGCUGAUGGGAGAAGUCUUCCCCUUCCAGUUCUUGUCUUCCUUCACAAGUAAAUACUUUUCUCCUUUAUUCAGGGGGAAAAAAACCCUCCAAAAAGCAAUCAAUCCUAUCUGUUUCUCAAUUUUAGUAGUCCGCUCAACAGAGUGGGAGUGACUGCUCCAGUUAUUGAGGUCCCUCUGAUACUACACUCACUUCCACCCAAGCACAAACUAACAUGAAUAUACCUCCUUUUAAUAAUAUGCAAUUUUUGAUUUUGUUCCCCCAUUCUCAAAGUUUUAGCAUAAGCACAAAUCAAAGGAAGGGAUCCUAAAACUCUCCCCUUCCUUUCAGCUGUGGGCAAACAUUUGCAACUAAAGGAAUGGUUGAUUCCUGGACAAAUGUCCCUUUUGUUUCCUGCUGUCAGGUGGUGUUUCAGAGUGGAGCUACAAGGGAGCAGCAUGGUGCAGGCACAGAAGAUGCCUUGCACCUUUCUGAUGCUGGGGAGAGGGGCUAUAGGAGACCCACUGCCUAAAUGCCUGGGCAAAGUUCUGUCCCUGAUCCUGGACACUGACCCCUGAUGCUGGACACUGCACCCCCCAUCCAGGAGAGCAACACAAGUGGUUUGUAUCCAUUUGCUGUGGCACUCCAAGCCCUCUUCUGUGCACCCAGCCCAGUUUAACCAUCUCGUUAAACUAAUGGGAUUUGUAUUUUCCAGAGAUGAUUCCUGUGUGUGCCUGGUUGACUUUUGUUGUUUGCUCUAUGUCCCCCAUUAUAUUUUUCUCUGGGCAAUGCUUAGCCAGCAUUCCAGGCAGUUAGAAAUGCCCAUCACCUGUACUGGAGCCAGUAUCAAUUGCUCCAUGAAACCAAUACCUGUGGCCUCUUAACCUUCCCACCUUGGUUUCCUUUUCCUCCUACAGUGACAUUCCCACACAGGUGCUGUGUAAACCCAGCCCAGCCAGCUGUGACCCUUUGUGUCAGUGCUGUGCUUCACCAGCUCUCAGUGGCCAGUAAAAACACAAUCUCUAUCAAAAGAGCCAUGAUUUUAAAUGACUCUGCACAGAGGUGGUAGCAGGUGUUGCCUCCUCUCACUUAAUCUUGCAGCAGCAGAGAUGGCUGAAGGAACCCAGCUGGGGGGGGGUUAAGUGGUUCCUGCUCAUUCUCCUCUCCCCAGGGAAGGUGUUGAAAGUGUUUAAAAGGAUUAAUAAAAUAAAUCAGUUCUC